AUGGCUCCCAAGCUCAAGACCCCCUCAACGCCACCCGCCCCGCCACCGAACCAGCAGCUCGGGACGGUGCUCGUGACGGGCGGCUGUGGCUUCUUGGGCUUCUACAUCGUCGGCCAUCUCCUCGGCAACCCGAACUGCGGGCCCGUGUGCAUCAUCGACCGGGAUGUGACGCGCAAUGCCCACGACAGCCCUAAGGCGGAGUACAUUGCCUGCAACAUCACCGACGCAGACACGGUGGGCGAUAUCCUGGACCGCGUGCGCCCGGAGGUCAUCUUCCACACCGCGAGCCCCAAUGCCACCUACGGGAAGCGCGGCGACUUCUACACGACUAACGUGACUGGGACGAGGACGCUGCUCCGCCUGGCCAAGGAGAGGCCCUUCGUCAAGGUGCUGGUGUACACGUCCUCCAACUCGGUCUACGCCACCGGCACGCACAAGAAGGUCUGGGAGUCGGAUCCCACCUGGUGCGGCCGGCCCGCGCCGUGGAAGUGCGUGCUCGAGUACGCCUGGACCAAGGGGACCGCCCACAACAUGGUGCUCGACGCCAACGAGAGCUGGCGCAAGGGCGGGCUCAAGACCUGCGUCGUCGUGCCGGCCAACAUCUACGGCGUCCGCGACGGCCAGGCGCUCGCGCUCAUGUUCGACCUCUUCCUGGAUAUGCGUAGGCCCCUCUUCCGGGUCGGUAGCGGCAAGAACAUGGCCAGCUUCGUCGAGGCCGGCAACUGCGCCGACCUGCACGUCCUCGCCGCCAUGGCCUUGCUCGAGGGUCGGGACGGGGUCGGGGGCGAGGCCUUCAAUGCUGCGGACGGGGAGGACGUGCUGCUGUGGUGGCACACGGCCAUUACCUGCGCUGCCAUCCGAGGUCAGCCGCGCGGUGCUGGCAAUGCCAGGGUCAGGCAUGUCCCGGCGUGGAUGAUGUGCGUCGCCGUUUAUUUUGUCUGGUGGGUGAUGCGCAUCUUCACCUUCGGUCUCAAGGAGCCGCCGCCGGCGUUCAGUGUGGAGGGUUACGAGUGGUGUACGCAGGAACAUACGUUGGACAUUCGGAAGGCGAGGCGAGUCUUGGGAUACGCGCCAAAGUCUGGUGCGCAGUGGCACGAGGACGUGGUCAGGGACGCGGUCGAUUGGGAGAGAGAACGCCGGCGGAGAGCUAAGCUGAGGGAAAUGGCGGGCUAG